AUGUAUAAAUAUUUGUUUAUUUGCGUCAUAUUGAUUACGCUAAAUGCAUUAGAUAAUGGAUUAGGCAGAAAACCUCCUAUGGGGUGGAAUCCAUGGAAUAAAUAUGGCUGCAACAUCAACGAAGAAAUUAUCAGACAAACCGCUGAUGCUUUGGUUUCAACUGGAUUGGCAGCUGCAGGAUACAUUUACUUAAAUUUAGAUGAUUGCUGGUAAUCAGCCAGAGAUCCUGCUACCAAAAAGAUAAUUGCAGAUCCAGUCAAAUUCCCCUCAGGAAUUCCAUCAUUGGUCUAAUAUGUACAUUCAAAAGGAUUGAAGUUUGGAUUAUAUUCAGAUGCUGUAAGAUUUUAUUAAUAUCAAACAGGGUAUGUAAACCUGCGAGGGCAAACCAGGUUCAUUAGGAUAUGAGGAGAUUGAUGCAUAAACCUAUGCUGAAUGGGACAUUGAUUACUUGAAAUACGAUAAUUGUCAUACUGAUGGUACUUCUCCAAAGGUAAGGUAUCCUCCAAUGUCUGCUGCUUUAAUGAAAUAGACCAAGAAGAUCUAUUUUUCAAUGUGUGAAUGGGGUUUGGAGAAACCCUGGUUAUGGGCUCCACCAAUUGCAAAUUCAUGGAGAACCACAGGAGAUAUUUCAGAUCAUUGGUAUUCCUUCAUUGGUAAGUAUCAUUCUCUAUGGCUUAGCUAUUUUGGAAGAAUAAGCCAAUUUGGCAUAAUAUGCUGGACCAGGAUAAUGGAAUGACCCAGAUAUGUUAGAAGUAGGUAAUGGGGGGAUGAAAACUCACGAAUAUCAAGCUCAUUUUGCUUUGUGGGCAAUUUUGAAGGCUCCACUCCUUAUUGGUUGUGACAUUACAAACAUGAGUCAAGAUACAAAGAAGAUAUUGAUGAAUCCAGAGGUUAUUGCUGUUAAUUAAGUAAUACUAAUAAAUAAUUUUUAAGGAUAGUUUGGGUAUCUAAGCUACUAGAGUGAAGAAGGUGUUGACAAGUGAAGUCUGGGCUGCUGAAGUUGCUGACAAUGGUGCUGGAGUAGUUGCAGUUCUCUUUAAUCAAGCAUCAUUAUAAGAAUCAAUAACUAUUGAAUUUGAUAAGUUGGGAAUAAGUGGAAACUAGAAUGUCAGAGAUCUCAUUAAUUAAGUUGAAUUAGGAGUAGCAACUGCCAGUUAUACUGCUCAAGUUCCAGCUCGUUCAGUCGUUAUGGUCAAGUUUAGAAAUGCCCGUUCUGAAUAAUGA